AUGGCUCCCACGCCCCAACCGCACGUCCUCGUGCCGCCGACACUGAAGAACGCCCAGCUCAAGCGGCUUGCCUUCCUCUGCGGGCUGCAGACGUCAGGACUGAAGCGCGAGCUCGUUGCGCGCCUCAACGCGGCAUCGCAGGCUCGCGCCGCCGAGCUGACUACGGACCGCGGGCACGCCGCCACGCGCUCCGUCCUCAGCAUUGACCUCGGCAUCCGCAACCUGGCUCUGAGCCACCUGACGGCGCCGCCCAUCGCGCUCCAUUCCUCUUCUUCUUCUAUUUUGCCGAGGAAGAGGAGGACCAAGGACAACAAGCCCACCAGUGUCAGUCAGAGCAGCCUAAGAUGGCAGUGGAUAUCAGAACCCACGCGCCCACCCCAAGUCUACCUGCACGCCUGGCAGCACCGCGACAUCUUCAAGGAGACGUCGCGCGACGGGGGGCUGGGCCUGCAGGCGGCGCGCCCCGACGGCAGCCUGGCGCCGGACCCGUUCUCGCCGGCGUCGCUGGCGCUCGUGGCCGUGCGGCUCGUGCGCCAGGACCUGCUGAAACUCGAUCCGGUGCCGACGCACGUCAUCAUCGAGCGUCAGCGGUUCCGCACCAUGGGACGCGCUGCCGUGCCCGAGUGGACGCUGCGCGUGAAUAUGCUGGAGGCGAUGCUGCACGCGAGCCUGCGCACGCUGCGCGAGCUGGGCUUGUGGCGCGGCGAGGUGCACUCGGUGCUGCCGCGGCGGACCGAGGACUUCUGGCUCGAGGGGGAUAAAUUCGCGGUGCCGGUCGCGGAGCGCGUACCUGAGGAGGCGCUCAGUCAAGAUGGUGUGGAUGUGGGCGGCGCCGCCGUUCUGAAAGCGGAGGUAGAGCUGGACAGUCCGAUACUAGAAGCUGUAUUCGGAGAUGAAGAAGUCGACCUGAAGAAGGAGGGCAGACAGCGGAAUCGCGAGCGGCUACUGCUGGACCGGGAGCGGAAUAAGAACGCGGCGGACUACAUCAGCACGCAGACCAUGGCGCGGCGCACGAAGGGCGCCGGCAAGAAGCUCAAGAUCGACAUCCUGGGCAACUGGCUGGGGCGGGAUAAGCUCAUCGUGCCUAAGAGCCGUGCUGUGAAGGCGACGCUCAAGGCCUUCGACCAGCGCUGGAGGCGGACCGCCGGAGUGUACAGGCCCCUGCAGGCAGAGGAGGACGGGGAUGAGCAUGUCGACACAGACGGGUUCGUCCUUGGACCUGAUGUCAAGCUUGAUGACCUCACGGAUAGCCUGCUGCAGGGUAUGGCGUGGAUGCGGUGGGAGGAGAACAAGACCCUUCUGUGCCAGGAGGGGGGCAUCGAGAAGCUUCUGGAGCUGGGUACGGCGGAACCCGUCCUUGAAAGCACUUUCAGCCAGACAGGUCAUAGGGCAGAUCACAGCUCAGGUACCAGCGGGGACCACAGCGAAGGAAAACGCGAAACGGACAAACUUCCUGCACGAAGCAUUGAGGAUAUAAUGCUGGCGAUGCGCGUCGAAUGA